AUGGCUGCAGAUGAUAGCCUUUGCAAAACAAACCCCUAUGACGAAAAAAUGAAGACAGAAUUUCCCAUUAUAUCUAAUUUCAAUUCUGUAUCACCACUAACGAAUGAAUCUCAACCGAUUGGAUCCGAUGUUUCUUCAUUAAAAUCUAGUACCAUGGAAAGACAAAAUUCCAGCAAGCAUAGCAAUAGUGUUAAAAGAGAGGUAUCAUUUAAGUCAAAGAAGGAGCCUAUUGCUACGUCUUCACACUGGAACGAGAAACAAAGAAUAAAGGAACGGGGAAGAGAAUUUAUAGAUGCUAUGUAUUCAUCAAAUAUGGACAUUCUAUCUCAGACCCUUUCAUCGUUACGUUCCAUGUCAUCUGACCAUGUACCAUUAGAGGAAGGAUACUUUACAAAACUUGGAGGCCAUUACAAAGAGUUUGAAGAUGAAACAGAGCAAAUAAAUAGUGAUAUUGCAAGAUAUCAAAAGGAGUUAUCGCAAAUACACGAACAAAUGGGAAAAGGUAAUUUGCCCAAAUGCAACGAACCCUCUAAAGGUUAUGACUCAACUUUGUGGGAUGAUAUCCUUGGAGAAAUGAAAGAUUUUCAGGAUCUCGUUGAUGAUGAACACAAAGAAAAGAGGAAAAAGUUUAAAGCCCUAAUUUUAGCUACUCAAAAACACUUCGCUAAAUUAGCUAGCAUUAAAUUGAAAGAAAAACAAGAAGAAAAUAAACUUAAAAUGCAAACAUGCAAGAAUAUUUCAUCUAUAAUUGAUAUAUUCUGGAAAAAAAUUGAAAUAUUUGCCUGGGAGCGUCUUAAGCGUGAUUUACAAGCCCAAUUAGUUGAAAAGAAACGUCUUCGUCUAGACAAGUUUAUAGAAGAUGCAAUAAAGAUGUCAGCUUCACAGGACGAAGCAAAAAUCAUACAAAAGAAAAUAUCAAAUAUAAAAAGGCAGAAAUCUGCACCGAGUGUUGCUGGUGAUAUCCAAACAAUUUCCGAAGAGCCUUCACAAAUAGAAAGCAAACAAGAACCUGGAGAUAACCUUUCUGAUGAUGAUUUUAAUAUUUCGGAAGAAAUGAAGAAAAUGGAAAAAUAUGAUCAAGAACUAGAAAUGGCCAUGGAGCAAGAAGAGGAAGAAAAUACCAAUCCAUUAAACGAACUUUCGGCACUUGAAGACGAUGCUAAUAUUCCUAUAGAAGAGAUAAUUAAAAGGUAUGAAUCUGAUGCAAUGAAUUUUAAACAAUCUUCUGAACCCGAACCCAUAAGUGAUGCUGAGGAUGAAUAUGUUAUGGAUACUCAGAUGUGGGACAACCAAGAACGUGAUGAUUUAGAUUUAGACAACGAAAUGAGUACGGAUGAAGAAGAUAAAGUGAAUCCAUUAACUGAAAUUUCUGCGCUAGAAGAUGACACUAAUAUGCCUAUAGAAGAACUAAUAAAACGCUAUGGUCUUCAUAAUCAAUCGGAUAACAACAGUGUUGAUGAUGAUUAUGAUAGUAACCAUACAUCUGUAGAAAGUGGUGAAUCUCUUCCAUCUGAUAAAGGGUCUGACUGUGAAACUGAUGAGACUGAGGAUGAUCUAGAAAGCAAUAAGAGUCCUAAUGAAGUGCAAAUCCCGUCAUUGAUCAGAGCAAAUCUGCGUCCUUAUCAAUUGGAGGGUCUUCGGUGGCUUGCAAAAUUAUACGACAAGGGAUUAAAUGGAAUCCUCGCAGAUGAAAUGGGUUUAGGAAAAACACUACAAGCAAUAUGUUUGUUGGCUUUUCUUGCUUGUGAACGUGGAAAUUGGGGUCCUCAUUUAAUAGUAGUUCCUACAUCAGUAUUAUUAAAUUGGGUGAUGGAAUUUCAAAAAUUUUGCCCUGGAUUUAAAAUUUUGGCGUAUUAUGGAACACCGGCUGAACGCGCUAAAAAACGUGUUGGAUGGAAUCAACCUUAUAGUUUUAAUGUAUGUAUAGCAUCAUAUUCUACUGUAGUCCAGGAUGCGUUCAUUAUGAAAAGGAAAAGUUGGGUCUAUAUGAUCUUAGAUGAAGCACAAAAUAUAAAAAAUUUCAACUCAAAAAGAUGGCAAACACUUUUGACAUUUAAUACUGUUGGUAGACUCUUGCUAACAGGGACACCCUUGCAAAAUUCAUUACAAGAACUCUGGUCUCUGAUGCAUUUCAUACUUCCUGAAAUAUUCUCUUCGCAUUCUGAGUUCAAGGAAUGGUUUAGUGAUCCCUUAACAGAAGCCAUAGAGUGUGAACAAAUAACAUCAGAAACUGGAGGGAAAGAUGGAUCUCCAAAUGAGCUGGUUACAAAACUACAUGCUGUAUUUAGACCGUAUUUGUUGAGAAGACUGAAAAAAGAUGUAGAAAAGCAGAUGCCUUCUAAAUACGAACAUGUAGUAAAGUGUUAUUUGACUAGACGUCAAAAAGUCCUAUAUGACGAAUUCAUGUCUAGCAGAACUACUACUGAAACACUUGCUAAUCGAGAUCAUAGGAAAAUGUUCAAUGUGCUGGUUCAUCUCAGAAAAAUUUGUAACCAUCCGGAUCAACUAGAUAGUAGACCUGUCGAAUCUCCAUAUUUGGAUCCAUCACUUGUUCCAGAUGUUGUAAUCCCAUCAUUCCUUGAAAUUCCUGAUGUUUUAAAUGCAAAAUUAUAUCACAGAGAUAUUUUUACAGUGGAAUCUGUGGAAAAAUAUUACAAACAAAGGCGUUAUCCCGUGUUACCGCUUUCUCCACAUUUAUGGAAGGGAAAAGAAUCCCAAUUCAAGUAUUACCGAGGAUAUAGCUAUUCAACAAAUAACUACAACAAAAGUAUCUAUGAAAUACCUGUUGUACGUAGGAAACGUCCAUUAAAGUUUGGCUUUGGUUCCUCGGAUUUGUCUUGGGAUCCUAUACUGAUAAAAGAAUUGUCUACAUCAGAUUACUGUGCCUUUUCAUCUCAGAAAUAUCUCAAGGUAAAUGAUGGUAGAAAACUGUCUCCUAAAAAGUCUGUUAUUUGUGAGACAAAACGGGAAUUAUUGGAGCUCGGGAAUUAUAAUUUUUUAAAUAUUGUAAACAAUGAUAUCCACAAAAACAACAGAUGGAAAUUUUUGACGGAACCCACUGUAGACAAUUUAGUAGAUAAAUAUUGGUGGAUGCUGCACAAUUUCACAUGCUUGGUUGGGAAUAAAGUUAGAUGUGUACCACGAAAGGUUUACUUGAGUGGUUCAGGUGGUAUUCGUAGAAAUCAAAGACAAGAAUUUCUUAUAUCGCAAGUUAAAUCAAAAUUUUUCAGAGGUAAUAGGUUAGAAUAUUUUAAUAAUGCCAAAUACACAAUAGAACAUGCGCACAGUUUGCAAAAAUUGCUAUUUCCCCCAAAGCGUCUAUUGAAUGAUGACUGUGGAAAGUUUUUGGUUCUUGGGAAGCUACUAAAACAACUUAAAUCAGAAGGACACCGUUGUUUACUCUAUACACAGUUUUCAAAGAUGUUAGACGUGCUGGAAAAUUGGAUAAAUUAUCUGGGCCUAACGUACAUUAGACUUGAUGGUUCUACGAAGGUGGAUAUGAGACAACGUAUAGUAACACGUUUUAAUGAAAACAAUAGGAUAUUUCUUUUUAUAUCCUCUACUAGGGCUGGUGGUGUUGGUUUGACCCUUACUGGUGCCGAUACGGUUAUAUUUUACGACACAGACUGGAAUCCUGCAAUGGACAGACAAGCGAUGGACAGAUGUCAUCGUAUAGGUCAGACACGGGAGGUUAAUGUCUAUAGACUUAUCACAGAACAUACUGUAGAGGAGAACAUAUGGAGAAAACAACUCCAAAAGAGAAGGCUGGAUGACAUUGUUGUGGAUAAGGGGAAAUUCAAUACUGGAGAAAAUUGGUUUUCCAGCGUUGAUGUCCUGCUAACUAUAUUAAAGGAGAAGAAUGUCUCAGGUGAGGAAGAUAUAUACGGAAAAAAGGUACUGCAUGAGUCAGAAACUCCGGACGAUACACAACAUAUACAAGCACAGCAAUCAGGGCAUUCUUCCCAAGCUAUGAAAUUACUUAUUGAAGCUGAGGAUGCGGAUGAUUCACUUGCACUAAAACACAUGAGUAAGGAAACUGAGAGCAUCAAAAAUGAAUUCCAAAUGGACUUUAAAGCAGAUUUAAUAUCCAGUAUACCGGCACUGGUAACAUAUUGUAUUCAGUACUUGUUGAAAUAUCAAACUCCAAAACUGGUUUCCCAAGUUCAAGAUAUGAACAUACGUAUACAAGCGGAAGAGUUUAACAGUGAUGAAAAGGAAAGUUUGCAUAAUGAAGAAUCCGAGGGUUAUGAUGAUGAAGAAAGCAACAGUGAAUGUGAAAAUACAGAUGAUUAA